AUCUGUCAUUGAAAUCAACAAAAGUUAGACAUUUUAUCAUACAGGUUUUACUACAUAUGCCAUAGUCUACAUUUGUGACAAAUACCACAUUUUUUAAAUUUGAAAUAGGAAUACAAUCAGCGAAAUCAGUCACUCCAAGAAUAGGUAUGAGAAUGUAAACAAGAUGUUUAUAAUUAAAUUGAUCUACCCUAACAUAUCAACAGCCCAUGGAUAUGCAUUUGUAUUCCCAAGUCUCGACAUUUUGAAGAAUAGGACAACUUUUGCGUAUGAUAAUACCACAUGUUAAUCAACAAUUAAGAAAUGCUGAAUGGUCUGAUAGUGAUAGGCUGAAGUGAGGUGUGUGUCAAUCAAGGGGAGUGUCCACCAUGCGACUCCCACCGCUCCCCACAGUGUCGGAGAUCGUCCACCUGUACCAGCUGACCGCUCGUAAACAGCUGGCUCAGAACUUCCUCCUGGAUAUGAACCUGACGAGGAAGGUCGUGCGGAAAGCUGGCAGUUUGGAUGGAGGGUUUGUGUGUGAAGUCGGCCCUGGACCAGGGGGGAUAACUCGCGCCAUCUUGAAUACAGCAGCCAAACGAGUCGUUGUGGUAGAGAAGGACGGGAGGUUCAUCCCAGGACUACAGAUGUUAGCAGAUGCCAGUGAAGAUCGAAUGAAGAUAGUUCAUGGGGACAUCUUGCAAUUCAAAAUGGAGCAGAUAAUUCCAGAGACUUACAGAGUUCCGUGGGAGGACAAACCCCCCAAUGUGCACAUUAUUGGCAACUUGCCAUUCAAUAUCUCCACGCCUCUGAUUGUACAGUGGCUAGAAGACAUUGCCAAUCAGUCCGGGGCGUGGUCUUUUGGUCGUACAAGGCUGACCUUGACCUUCCAGAAAGAAGUGGCUGAGAGAAUGGUGGCGCCCGUGUCUUCUGACAUGCGAUGUCGUCUGUCAGUCAUGUGUCAGUAUUUGUGUGAUGUUAGCCUCAAGUUUGGAAUCCCAGGCAAAGCUUUUACACCUGCGCCCAAGGUGGAUGUAGGCGUGGUGCAGUUUGUACCGCUGAUGAAGCCCCGGAUCAAUCUACCGUUCAAGAUGGUGGAGAAAGUGUGUCGACAUGUGUUCCACUACCGGCAGAAGAUGAUCAAACAUUCAAUAGCGACAUUGUUUCCUGUGGACAUGCCAGAACUCACUGCUGAGAUGUUUGAGAGGAGUGACCUUGACCCCUCGUCCCGUCCCCCACAACUCAAGCUGCGGGACUUCAGCAAACUGUGCAGCGCCUACAAUGACAUUUGCUGUCAGCAUGCUUUCAUAUUUGACUUUGACUACAGAUCAAGGAAACAUGCCAAGUUGUUACGCAGAGGGCGCAAUACUCUGAUUGAGAAGUUAGAAGAGAAAAGUUUAGUUGAUUUACCUGAGACUGAGAGUUCUGAUGUGGAGGUACCUGUAAGAUAGCAGAGAGUAGGGGUGUGAUGAGGAGGGUAGAGACAGGGUGGGACUAAAGGG